AUGCAAGGAGCUUGGGCUGCCAUUUCUGGCUUGCAAAACAUGCUGCGCAACACAAUUGAGGCGAAUGUGAUACACCGCAACAUCGUUAUUUCGGCAUGCGCCUCUGUCGCGGCCUGGUCGUCAGCGUGGGCGGUGCUCAAGAACUUUCGUGCUGCAUCGGUCGAAGCCACAGCCAUCAGCCAUGGUGCUGCUGUUGCAAGCAUGAAGCACGGCUGGCACCAUGCCUUGGCUUUGAGCGAUGCAUUGCUACUCUGUGGCCUUCGCUCCAACUCUAUCAUCAUGACAUCGGUUGCAGCCGCGCUGCAGCAAGGUCUUCAGUGGCAGCGGUCUCUUGUGCUGGCUGUUGGGAGCCGUGCUUUACCACCCAGUGUGAUUUGUCAGAACGCUCUGGCAUCCACGUAUGGAAAAGUCGCGCUCUGGCCAGCGACCCUUCACAUUCUCAUGGCCCAGAAAUCUCUGGCCAUGCAGCCAGACGCAAGCACAGUGGGAACCGCCACGGAUGCUUUCACUUGCUCCAGAUUGUGGAAGAGUGCGUUGCACAUUCUGCAUGGGAUGAUGGACUGGGAGAUCCGCUGCCACCAGAUUGCCUACCACUCGGCAGCCAGCGCAUGCGCUGCGGAUCGAUGUUGGAGAGAGGUCUACAGGCUGCUCGAAUGCAUGGCUCUUCGCCUCACCGAGUUGACUGCCAGGAGCUUUAACGUGGCGAUUUCCACGCUGCCAGAAACGGCGAAGUGGAGUGAUGCCUUUGCUUUGCUGGAGGCAUUGUCCAGCAAGGCCUUGGAGCCCAGCACUGUGUCUUUCAAUUCCGUUGAUGCCUCCCGUGGCCACAACUGGACAUCCUCAGUCGCUAUUCUGGAGACUAUGCGGGCCGAGGAUACAGCCCCUGACCGGCUCAGUUGCAAUUCCGCUCUCAGCACCUGCUCCAGCGACGAAGCGUGGCAAAUGGCCCUGUCUAUAGCGGACCAAAGUCAUCGGCACGAGUCACUGGAUGUCAUCGGCAUGAACUCGGCUGCUUGUGCCUGCCAACGGCACUGGGAGGAGGUGUUAAAUCUCAUCGCCGGGCUCUUGCCAAACACUGUUCGCCCUAGCUCAAUCUCCUUGAAUACAGUACUGAGUUCAUGUGAGCGGUGCUUGCAGUGGCCUCAAGCUCUUUGGAUUCUGCGCAGCUGGCCAGAGCUGCGGACUCGCAAGGACAUCAUCUCCUACAACUCGUCCAUCAGCGCAUGUGAGCCGAGUUGGACACAGGGCCUGGAAUGCUUUUCGGCAGUGUUGCGGAAUCAGCUACUUCCAGACCUUGUGACAUACAACGCCGCUUGCCACUCCAGCUGCCCUGCAUCGUGGCUAUCAAGUCUGAUGAUUUUCAGUCAUCUCAACCACAGCAAGCUGGCAGCUGACAAGGUCAGCUGCGGUACAGUGCUGGAUGCUUGCAGUCUGGGGUUCAGCUGGGGUGGCGCAUUGCAGACCCUUCAGCAAAUGCACGGCCAGACACUGCGUGCCAACUCUUGGACCAUCAGCUCAGCGGUUAGCAGCUGCGAGAUGAGUCUGCAUCCUUCAACUGCGCUUGGCUUUGUAUUGAGGUCUGUCGCGAACCUCAGGCCCAAGCGACUGGAUGAUACUGGAUAG